AUGGCAGACAGGUUGUUGGAGGUGCAGCGGUUCCAGCCGCCUUUCGGUCGCCCAACUCUCUAUUUUCUCAUUACCGACGACAAACUAGCAGAUUGUGACGCAGAUGGCGGUCCCGGCGGACGAGGUGGCAUCCCUCAAACUCCGGUUUGCGCGCCUCACGUCUCGUUGGUCAUUCAACUCCUCUCUUUUCCCGUUUACGACCUCGGACCGCUGGUGUCUGUUGGCACUAUACAAACUUCGGGAAAAUGCCCUUUGAUAUUCCUCCCCCGCAUGCUCAAUUCCAAUCAGGGUAACCAUUCAGCCAGCGAACAGAGGCAACCGUCUUCUCUGGCACUUUUGGUUUUAGUCGCAUCUUCUGUCUACGACAGUGUGACACGCAGACGUUUCCUUAUGGACACCGGAGCUCAGAUCAGUGUUGUCAUUCGCACUCCAGCCAAAUACCGCUGCCCACGUUGUGGUCUCCACCUUCAAGCUGCCAACUGUUCCCCCCUUCCCGCAUUUGAUAGCAUGUUCUUUACCCUGGACAUUGGCCUUAGUCGGUCGUUCCCCUGGAUCUUUGUGAUUGGUGAUAUCCAUCAUGCAAUCCUUGGCUCGGAUCUUAUAGCCGAGUUUGAUCUCCUUGCAGACUGUAGACGUUCCCGACUCCUAGACCACACUACUGGUCCCUCUAUUCGUGAAUUAAAUCCCUUUACAACCUUCAGUAACUUAUCUGUUAUGGAUAUAGCUAUUGCUUGUCCCCAUCGGGAGCACCUCCUUCAACAUCCGAAUAUUACCAACCCAUAG